AUGACCAACAGCUCCAACUGCAGUGACACAAACCUCAAGGUCUACUACGCCGUCACCUACACGGUGAUCCUGAUCCCUGGGCUCAUCGGGAACACCCUGGCCUUGUGGGUCUUCUAUGGCUACAUGAGAGAGACCAAAAGGGCCGUGAUAUUUAUGAUCAACUUAGCCAUUGCUGACUUGUCACAGGUGCUGUCCUUGCCCCUGAGGAUUUUUUACUACCUGACAGGCACGUGGGAGUUUGGAGGAGGUCUCUGCAUGCUCUGCUUCUACCUGAAGUACGUCAAUAUGUACGCCAGCAUCUACUUCUUGGUGUGCAUCAGCGUGAGGAGGUACCUGUUCCUCAUGCACCCCUUCAAAUUCAGUGACUGCAGCCGUGUCUGUGAUGUCUACAUCAGCAUCGUGGGCUGGGUCGUGGUCUGUGUGGGCUGUCUGCCUUUCCCACUCCUCAGGAUGCAGCACCAGCAGGAUAAAAACACCUGUUUUGUGGAUCUUCCCAUCAAGAAACUCGACCUCCCCACCUCCAUCACGCUGAUGACCAUAGGGGAGUUGGUGGGGUUCGUGACCCCCCUGCUCAUCAUCCUGUACUGCUCCUGGAAGACAAUCUUAUCACUAAAAGAGAGGCACUCUGCUUCCCGGGACCUGGGCGAGAAGAAAAAGGCUUUAAAGAUGAUCCUCACCUGCGCCCUGGUGUUCCUGAUCUGCUUUGCACCUUAUCACAUCAGCUUCCCGCUGGAUUUCUUUGUGAAAACCAGGCACAUCCAGGAGGGCUGCGUGCAGAUCUCGGUGUUCCACGCCGUGGCUUUGUGCCUCGCCAGCCUCAACUCCUGCGUGGAUCCCAUCAUCUACUACUUCACCACGGAUGAGUUCAGGAGACGCCUCUCCAGGCAGGAUCUGCAGGACAGCAUCCAGCUGCAGCACCUCGGCUACAGCAGGAAGAACUCCAGGGAUGUGCUUGGGGACGACACCACGGAAUACUAGAGCUGCCCUUCCCAAACAGCUGCCAGCACUUCAAGUAUUCAUUCCAUUUUGGCCUUUGCCACAGUUUUUUCCCUCAGGACACUGAGAACAAAGACUCAAACUUCUGCUUUCGGUGACG